GCCAUGACCUCAACUUUCUAUCUUUUCGUUUUUCGAGAUGGGAAACCAAUGACUUUUGCGCUGCAGGCCUGCCCGACAUUGAGUUAAGCUUUCAACGCCAAGGUCCAUUGAUAGUGUGGCCAUCUGGGGGACACCAUCAGAACAACCCCUGGCCGUAUGAUCACCAACCCCUCAAUGCCCAGGCUGGGCGACGGUAUCGUAGCAUUUGUCGGCAUCUGCUUUGCCGAUGUAACGACCGACGAGUCACCGGCAUGAGCAUGUCAGGAAUAUAAGACCAGAUCAACCAAGCUCGGGAUAGAGUCUAGAGAGUAGCUCUGAGCCCACCACGGACCCCACCCUAGCUUUCUCUCCCCUGCCUGUUCUCAAAACUCCACCAUGGCGCCGCCAGUCGCCCCAAUCGAUGAGAGCAUCAUCCAAAAUCUCGUAGCUCAGGACCACGUACGAUGGUGGAACAAACCUAAUUUGCGGAGUCUCUAUCUCUUGCUUGUGCCGUUCUGCUUGUUCAUCGAAUCGACGUCUGGAUUUGACUCAUCCAUGAUGAACGGCAUGCAAGCCCUGACGCACUGGAAGGUAUUUUUCAACUAUCCGAAAGGCGGACAGCUGGGUUUGCUGGUGGCGUGCUACAACCUUGGGGCCAUUACCUCGAUCCCAUUUAUCUCUUUGGUUUCAGAUCACUUCGGGCGCAGGAAGUCGAUUGUAUUCGGCUCGGUGAUCAUGUGUAUUGGGGCUAUCAUGCAAGGCCUAUCCAAAAACUUGGCCAUGUUCGUCUUUUCACGCAUCUUCCUGGGCCACGGGAUCGUGUAUGCGAUCAUCGCAGGCGCCGCACUUCUGGGCGAACUAGGUCACCCGAAGGAACGUGCCUUCCUGGGCAGUAUGUUCAACGCCUUUUUCGGCGUGGGCGCUAUUCUCGGCGCCGGUAUUGUUGUGCAAACACGUCUGAUCGAUAACGAUUGGAGCUGGCGGCUACCUUCAAUACUUCAAGCAAUUCCCUCCCUUAUCCAAAUCGUCUUCUCAUUCGCCGUGCCUGAAUCUCCACGUUGGCUUGUCUCCAAGGAUAGACACGAAGAGGCGCUAAACAUCCUGAUCAAAUACCAUGCAGAAGGCGACGCGGCAGCAGAGCUACCCCACGUCGAACUUGCAGAGAUCCAGGCCGCACUGAAGAUCGAGAAUGAAUCGCGUGCCCGCGGCUGGGGCGAAUUGUUUCAGACGAAAGGCAUGCGCCACCGAUCGCUCGUCGCCGCAGCAUUGGGCUUGUUCGUGCAGUUCUCCGGCAACAAUCUCAUCAGCCAGUACUUCGUGCCAAUUGCGGAGAAAAUCGGCAUCACGAGCAGUUAUGAACAAGUCCGCUACAACGUUGGUAAGGAAAGCUGGGGCUUCCUCGUCGCUCUGGUCAUGGCAAGUAUCACACCACGUUACCCGCGGCGCAAGAUGUACUUGCUGUGUGCCACUUGUCUCCUGGCCGUUUACACCGCGUGGACGAUCGCGCAGGCACGGAACCGUAUCACGGGAUCGAAAGAGUCGGGUUAUGCGGUGCUGGUAUUCAUCUUCCUCUACAGCCCCGCAUACUGCAUCGGCUACAAUGCCCUGACCUACGUCUACAUGGUCGAAAUCUUCCCGUACUACGUGCGCACCAAGGGACUCUCCUGGUUCCAGCUAUUCGGCCGCACAGCUGUGAUGUUCGGCUCCUUCGUCAACCCAAUCGGCCUCGAGAACAUCGACUGGAAAUACCUGCUUGUCUACGUCGUAUGGCUGUUAUUCGAGAUCGUGUUCAUCUACAUCUUCUUCCCUGAGACAUACGGCAAGACGCUCGAGGAGCUGCAUUUCUUGUUCGAGUCUGAGAAGGAUGAGCGCGAUGCGAUUGUUUCAGCGGCGAAUAAGGCCGUGAAUGACCCGGUCAUAGAGCUGCAUGAGGUGCCGGAGAAGAAGGUCUGAUGAGCUGGUGUAGCUGGGUGUGCUGAUCAUGUGACACGCGGAGCUGUGGAUGUUUGGAACCUGAGCUUAGCGGGUCAGCCAACAAAAUUGAUUCAUCGAUACCAAUGCACCGUAUGAUCCUUCUAGUCUAAUUC